AUGGCGAUCGAUCGAGAUCUGUAUCUGUGUGUCUAUCUCUAUCUCUUGGAGUGGUCACAGUCGACAUAUGCAGUGCCAGUGGUUGGGCCUGAUGAUAUCCUUUUUGGUUCAUGCAAUGGGCUUCUUGGCUUAUACACAAAGACAUCGUCAAUCAAGAUAGCUAACCUUGCAACUGGUGAAUGCUUGCGUCUGGAGAAACCUGUAAAGAAUCUCAAGGGUGACCACUUCUCGUUUUAUAGCUUUGGAUUUCACCCACCGACAAAAGAAUACAAGAUUACACACUUUCUUGGUGAUUGUGUUGAGGUUUGCCCCCAGAACAAAGACAGAUUCAAUUUCAUUCAAGUUUAUAAACUUGGUGAUGAGACAUGGAAAGAUAUCAGAACUCCAGAAGGCUUAAGCUUGAACUGUGUGAGAAACUCUGGUACAAUCAAUGUUGAUGGAACAAUGUAUUGGCUAACUGAAGAUAUGACAGCUAACUGGCAGCAUGCUGUUAUGUCUUUUGAUCUUGGUAAAGAAAGUUUUGCACGGAUACAACUGCCAGCAUCAGUACCUGAAGAUUGUGCUUCUGGUGGUCCUCGUCGGUAUUGGAUAAGAGAAAUUGAUGGGAAGGUAAGUAUAGCAACUGCUCAAACUUAUCCUUCUCAGCCCAGAAGACUUGUUGGUGAGCUGCAGAUCUGGACACUUGACAAUAAAGCGGAGCAAAGGUGGAGCCAGAAAUACAAUAUGCAAGCAAUAGAUUACAUCCCGGGACCAAAUUUGGCUCAUGGGGAAAAGUUGUUGAUGCAAUGCUGUGACGGUAACCUAUAUUCGUAUGAAUUGCUUGCGGAGAACGUCAUGAGUAAAGUGCUUAAGAUGGCGAAGCUGUUAGAUUUCAGCCCCCACAAACCUGAUAACAUGCAAUCCUACAUUUGUGUGAAGUCACUUGUACGUUUAGAUGUAUACAAGAAAGCUGGCAUUGUGUGUAGGCCAAAUCAACAGGAUGACUGGGAAUUGGAGAAGUGGAAGGCGUGGCAGCAGAUGAUCUCUAAGAUGGAAGAAUUGUGGAGCCGUGUUCAUCAAAAGGAGCAUGAGAGUAUUGCAUCUUUACAACAACUCCGCAUACAGCUCAAUGGUCUACUACCACAUGUAUCAGAUGAUUCGAUUCGACAACAAAUAGGCAUGAAAAUUGGUCAAAAGUUUCCAGUCUUUCCAGAUCAACAGCCAAGAUCCCUCCGGCGGCUUAAUUUGGUAGAGCAAAAGCGGGAUUUAGAAGCUUUACAUGCUCGUAUCAACAAGCAUGUGGAGAUUGUCAAGGGUGUGACUCAGGCACUCGGCAGCAUCAGUAGUAUGAUCCAUAGUGUUAUACAGGAUCAGGUAAAGAUUUACAUUUCAUUUAAUUUAUUAUUGUUUUCCCUUUCCGCUACAGUUUGCUAG